GUAUACAGUGAGGUGGCAAUACGCCACAACAUAGGUGUGCUGGAAUAUUCAAGAACUUGUCAGGCAGCGGCAGCUGGUAUGGCAAGUGGCAUUCUUGGAUUAACCGGUAUCUCCGGCUUUGUUUUCUAUUUCGUCUUGGUUAUCUUACAGGCUAUAUUUUGGGAGAUGAAAGCGAAUUUUGAGUGGCACAAUUACUUCAUCAGUCGGAGUUUAUCACUUACACAUUCGUUGAUAUCUGGCCUCUUCACUUAUAUUUUAUUUUGGGUAUUCCUCUAUGGAAUGGUCCAUGUUUAUUGA